GUAGCCACUGACGCCGCCGCGGAGCCCUCUGCGGGGCAGACACCGCCGCAGCUCUGCGCUCCCCCUCGCUCCGCUCGCUUCCUCACUCGGGCCAACCUCCCGCAUCCACAAGAACGGAGGAGACAGGAGGGGGCGGAAAUCCAGAGCGAGCAGGAGCGCGCGAGGAGAAGUGGGCUGCCCGCCCCCCAUCUCGCCACCCCUCCCUCUCCGCCACCCUUGGGCUUCGGGAAACCUUGGCGACUUCCCCCAGACUUUCUGCAUGACUGUCACGAAGGUAAGAUCAAGGCAAUCCUUGAUUCCAGUUCAAGUGCACCUGUCCCCAGAAGGUUCCCAAAGCAGUGAUUAAUGAUGUGACUAUCAGACUCUGUGCCAAGUCAGUGGGAGACUGAUUUCUGGUCCAGCAGAGCCCAGGGACAGUAGCUGAAGCUUCCUUUGUUGUAAGUGACAAUCCUUUGGGACCUCAGGGAACAUCAUUGUGAAGAGAUUCCUCUGUCCUGGACUGUGAGUGGAGAUGGAGAAGAUGUCCUGGCGCCCGCAAUACCGAAGUUCGAAGUUCCGGAAUGUCUACGGGAAGGUGGCCAACCGAGAGCACUGCUUUGACGGGAUCCCCAUCACUAAGAAUGUGCACGACAACCACUUCUGCGCUGUCAACGCCAGGUUCCUUGCCAUAGUUACAGAGAGCGCAGGAGGUGGAUCCUUUCUUGUAAUCCCCCUGGAGCAGACAGGUCGAAUUGAGCCCAACUAUCCCAAAGUUUGUGGUCACCAAGGCAACGUGCUAGACAUCAAAUGGAACCCCUUCAUUGACAACAUCAUUGCAUCUUGCUCAGAGGACACAUCAGUACGAAUAUGGGAGAUCCCCGAGGGCGGCUUGAAGCGGAACAUGACGGAGGCAAUCCUAGAACUUUAUGGACACAGCCGGAGGGUGGGGCUUGUGGAGUGGCAUCCAACCACCAACAACAUCCUGUUCAGUGCCGGCUAUGAUUACAAGGUUCUCAUCUGGAACCUGGAUAUCGGGGAGCCAGUGAAAAUGAUCGACUGCCACACAGAUGUGAUCCUAUGCAUGUCCUUCAAUACAGAUGGCAGCCUGCUCUCCACCACUUGCAAGGACAAAAAGCUGAGGGUGAUCGAGCCCCGUUCUGGCCGAGUGCUCCAGGAAGCCAGCUGUAAGAACCACAGAGUAAACCGGGUGGUAUUCCUUGGCAACAUGAAGCGACUCCUCACAACAGGCGUUUCCAGGUGGAACACCAGGCAAAUUGCCCUCUGGGACCAGGAGGACCUAGCCAUGCCUCUCAUCGAAGAAGAGAUUGAUGGCCUUUCUGGACUCCUGUUUCCCUUCUAUGAUGCUGACACACACAUGCUGUAUUUGGCAGGAAAGGGGGACGGGAACAUCAGAUACUACGAGAUUGGGUCAGAGAAGCCAUAUCUGAGUUACCUCAUGGAGUUUCGCUCCCCAGCCCCACAGAAAGGUCUGGGGGUGAUGCCUAAGCAUGGCCUGGAUGUGUCGGCUUGUGAAGUGUUCCGGUUCUACAAGCUAGUGACCUUGAAGGGCUUGAUUGAGCCCAUCUCCAUGAUCGUGCCUAGGAGGUCAGAAUCUUACCAGGAAGACAUUUACCCCAUGACCCCAGGAACGGAGCCAGCUCUGACCCCUGAUGAAUGGCUUGGAGGCAUCAAUCGAGAUCCAGUGCUGAUGUCUUUAAAAGAAGGCUAUAAGAAAUCUCCCAAAGUGGUGUUUAAGGCUCCAAUCAAAGAAAAGAAGAGUGUUGUGGUCAAUGGAAUAGAUUUAUUAGAAAAUGUCCCACCCAGGACAGAAAACGAGCUCCUCCGAAUGUUCUUCCGACAGCAGGACGAGAUUCGACGAUUGAAAGAGGAACUCUCCCAGAAAGACAUCCGAAUUCGGCAGCUGCAGCUGGAACUCAAAAACUUACGGAACAACCCCAAGAACAAUUAGCUCCCCAAAGGCUCAUUUUCUAAAUAAACUCUCUGUUUAUAUUUGCUCUUUAA